AUGUCAGCAGGGAAUCACAGCUUUGUGACAGAGUUUGUCAUCGUUGGGUUCCCUGGACUUCAGCCAGAGUUCUACGGCCUUGUCUCAACUGUAUUAUUCUUGGUUUAUUGUUGCAUUUUAAUAGGAAAUGUUGUUGUUCUUAUCUUGUUUGCAACUCAUAACGUUCUCCAUAAACCCAUGUAUUUUAUCAUUUUGAAUCUGGUUGUGUCUGACAUACUAUUCAGCACCACCACUUUACCAAAGAUUAUUGCCAGGUAUUGGUUUCAGGCGGGAGCAAUUUCUUUCUUUGGUUGUUUUUUUCAAAUGUACUUAGUGCACUAUUUUGGAUCCGUAACUAGCUUUCUCCUAUUGAUAAUGGCUUUAGACCGAUAUGUGUCAAUCUGUUACCCACUCAGAUACCCAAUGGUUAUCAACAACUCCACCAUUCAUAUAUUCAAUGCCACUGCAUGGGUGCUUGCACACCCUCCCUCUCUUGCUAUGGUAACCAGGGCCUAUCAUCUUCCUUACUGUGACUCAAACACAAUCAUGCAGUGCUACUGUGAUCAUGUUUCCAUAACAACGCUUGCAUGCACUGACAGGGCCCCUUAUGGUUUAUCUGCUUUUGUUGUAGCAAUGGUGGUAUUACUGGGACCCCUUGCUUUUAUUAUAUUCUCAUAUUGCUCUAUUAUUAUGGCAGUUCUUAAGAUUACGAGCACCCAAGGCCGCCUCAAAACCCUUUCUACCUGCAGUGGUCAGCUGAUCAUCAUUGCCCUGUAUUAUCUCCCCAGAUGUUUUAUUUAUCUGUCUAGCAAUAUCGGCAUUAGAUUCAGCACUGAUUUACGUAUUGUUAUUAUCAUGUUGUAUAGCCUGCUCCCUCCUAUGAUCAAUCCACUGAUAUACUGUCUAAGAACUGAGGAAAUAAAACAGAUCUUGGUCAAGCGAUUUAGAAAAACACAAGUGCGCGUUCAAUAA